ACUGAACGAGGCAUCUAGCAUGGCGACUGUACGGCAAGUGCUGAGUGUUUCGCAACUUUGCUCAGUCAUAACUCGAAGAUUAGUGAUAAGUCCUAAUAUAACCAGCCAGAUCAGAUUGCUUUCAUCAUCACUAUGUCAACCACGAGGUGAUCAAAUGUUAGAUGCCCCACAGCAUUUCAUGAUCCAGAAGAGAUACACAAGCUGGUACAAUACAUUAACUGCUGAUCAACUAUGGAAAGGAAUGUUAGCAACUACUGGUAAAGCAGCAAGGAAGGCAAGAGGCAAGAGACCUGCAAAACGAAUGAAGAAGGAUCUAAACAAAGGACAAAUAUUCGGAGAGGGAAGAGCUCAGAUUGCUUGGCCAGGUUUGAAUGCACCUAUAGUUCAAGGAAAAGAAGUCUUAACAAUUAAGAAGAAACAGCCUGAUCCAGAAAAGGAAGAACGAUUACGUCUGAUCAGAGAGCAAUGGGACAAGAAAAAGAAACGUAGUGUACCACCAGAAGAAAGAGGUUGGACUUCCAAGAGCUGGGGUGGACGAACAUUAGGACCUCCUGACCCUAUCCCAGGAGAGAAUUUUGAAGGCUUUGAUUCUCGUGUGAUCCAUGUGAGGAGAGUAUUCAAUAUGACGGGUUCAGUUGGUAGAAAGAGAUCAAUGUCAGCUCUGGUUGUUGUAGGCAAUGGAAAUGGAGCAAUAGGUUAUGCCCUUGGUAAGGCACCUGGUGUGAUAGCUGCUCUGAGGAAGGCUAAAAACAAAGCUGCAACAAAUCUACACUACAUUGAACGAUAUGAUAACCACACAAUCUAUCAUGAUAUAGAGACAAAUUUUGAAGUUACCAGAAUUCGAAUGAGGAAGCAGAACAAAGGAUAUGGGUUGAGAUGUCAUCGUGUUAUAAAGGAGAUCUGUAGAUUAGCUGGAAUAAAGGAUCUUUAUGCCAGAGUGUAUGGUUCUACUAAUCCUAUUAAUCUAACUAGAGCUGCAAUUAAUGGUUUAGUUAACCAGGAGACCCAUCAGCAGAUAGCAGACAGGAAAGGUCUUCAUGUUGUUGAGAUGCGUCCAGAGCGUGGAUGUCUCCCUAUUGUAGUAGCAUCACCAAAGAACAAGGAAACAAGAACAGAUGUAGAUGAAGAGCCUUGGGAUAAAGAGCUACCUCUAGAAUGGAAAGAGGAAAAACCUAGGAAAUUCGAAAGCAAAUUUGUUCGAGAAGGAACCAUGAUAUUCUAGGGGAUUCCACCCAAGUUUUUGCUUUAUUGUCGGUGAAGGACAUGGAUACUUUCAGUUUGGUUUUUAGCCCAAAUCAUGAAGGUGACUUUAUGUAAGACUGUGUCAAGUCUAGAGAGAUAGUUUGGUGAUGAACAGCAGUCAUGUCAUCAAUUAAAGCUCAAAAUGAAAUCAAAUGCUUAUGAUGGAGGAACAGUUAUUGUAAUGGAAUUGUAAGAGAUGUAAUGGAUAAUUUACUACAUAAAAUGACAAGGAGAUGGUCACUGUUUGCACAAUUUAUACUUGUGUCUACUUUUGUCAUAUUCACGUUUCCAACCCACUGAGCCAUACAAAAAGAAAUAUAAUCCCAUUAUGGAUAGAUUUAUCAUUAUUUUUGGCAUCACCAAGUAUUUUGACAGUAUGCAGUCCUCAAAUGUACCCAAGGAAUGUACCAUUAUUUUCCUCAUUGCGUGAUGAUAUUAAUGAUAUCAAUGUAAAAAAUGCUUAAAACUAUUCAACUUGUCUUAUAAUUCUUGAAUCUUUAACUCUCAUAACAGAAGCAGAAAAUCAGACAGUUAAUAAGGAAGAAAAUACAUGUAAUGUAAAUUCAAUUGUAAGAUACUUGACCACCAUCAACCAAUCAAUGUAUUGGUAUUGUGCCGUGCUUCACAGGAUUGACAAGUCAUCAAAAUUGCAUUACAUAUCACCACUAGACUUUUGUAAGACUGAAACGUUGAAUGAUACUUGAUUAUAAUUAACAUUAUUGACCCUUUUCCACAGCUUAAAGGGGAAGUUCACCCUGAAUAAAAGUUUGUUGUGAAAAUAGCAGAAAAAAAUAAUAAAUGAUAUUAGAGAAGGUUUGAGGAAAAUCCACUAAAGAUUAAGAAAGUUAUUAGAAUUUAAAGUUACGGAUUUGUGACGUCAUAAACAAGCAACUGCCCCAUAUGUUACGUUAUAUAAAUGCAUAGAUUUCAAUUUUUUAUUGGUUCACAAUAACUUAUUGAUGUUUUCUUAGAAACCAGUGUGAAAUGAUUUGUCUAUUGAUAUAAUGAA